AGGCCAUGCUCGACGCAAAGCUCGACAGCACUCUCGGCGCGCUCGCCGGGGAGAAGCAGAAGGGCAGUGGCGGAGCCAGACGAGCUCAGGACCAGGUUGACCCGCGCAAGCAGCCGAUCUCUAUGCUGGUUCCGCCUUCGUUGGAGCCGGUGAAGCCUAGGCAGUGGCAGGCCCAGCCCGAGGCCAGGCCCAAGCCCGAGGACCCCCUGGCCAGAAAGAGGAGGAUCGACCGCUUCGCCGCCGGCGAGGCCAAGCUCGAGGCGAAGCCCGAGGAUCCCUUGGCCAAGAAGAGGAGGAUCGACAGCCUGCUCGACACUCCCCUGUCGGAGCAGAAGGCCCGCAACUCCAGGAAAAAGCAGCAGUGAACUCCCGCCGACGCGCGCGCACGCGCGCCCAGGCGCUCGGGACGGCGCUGUCUCCGUCGGCGGGCCGGCCCCCUCUCCCUAUUCCUGCUCCUCCCUCCCCAUCCUCC